GUACGUAAUCCAACAGACAAAAGAGGGCGCUACUCAAAAUGGCUUCAUCAAUUUUGGUCGCGGACUACGGGUCGUCUGAUUCCGAAAAUGAGGAGGAAACGUCAGCGGAAAAUGCUGACCUGGAGAAGAAAGGCUUGCAACCCUCUGCAGGAGUCAACCUGCUGGCCAGCGCUGAAGACAAAACUGACAGCGAUGGAGACAGUGAUGGUGAUGCUAAAGGUGACAACAAGAAUAAAACCGCAUCUUCUAAGCAGAACUCAAAUGAACCAGAAAAACUACCCCUGCCCACCGCAUUUGGGAUGGAUGCUCAGCAGGGAUUACUAGGGAUGACGUCAGCACCAGCGGCGUCCUCCAUAUUUGCCAAUCCAUUUCAGGAAGCAGAGCAGCACAAGCUCUCGAUUCUAGAGCAGCACGUCAAGCUCACCUCGGCCCAAGGGAAAGAGGCGGAGCUCGGUGGGAAGAAGAAAAUCUGCUGGAAGUUCCGGAACGGCCGGUGCCGCUUCGGCCACAAGUGUAAGUUUGCUCACGACAGCGACGUCCCUGCUACGUUAUUGGCAGGCGGCCAAGCGGAGGACACAACAGCGAAUGACAGGACUGCUCAUCAUCAGCACAUCGGAGGGGGUGCUGAUCCAGGAGCGUGGCUUGGGCAGCAGGGGGCAGAAGAUGACGGGGACGAGGAGGAGGGACAGCUGAAGCGAAAGCGGCGGCCAGGGUUGAGUCAGACUCUUGUACCUUCCAAGAAAGUUAUGACAGGCUUUGCUCGGCAAAGGAGUAAAGAGAGCCCAUGGUCACAACACAGAUGAGGUUCUCGUGUUUGCUAUUUCAAUUUUAAAAUGUGUCAAAUGCUGCAUCUCCAGGAGCUUGAGCAUCUGGAAAUAUCUUUCUUUUCUGAAAGCAACAGCCGGGAACAAGUCAGACUCUCAUACCUUCCAAGUUUUGCUCAGCAAAGGAGUUAAGAGAACCCGUGGCCACGUAGAUGAGGCUCUUGCAGCUGAUAUUUUGAUGUUGAUGUGCAUCAGAUGCUGCAUCACCAGGAGUUUGAGCAUCUGGAAAUAUCUUUGUUUACUGAAAGUAACGACAGGGCAUGAGUCAGACUCUCAAACCUUCCAAGAAGGUCAUGACAAGAUUUGCAUGGGAAGGAGUAAAGAGAACCCAUGGUCACAACACAGAUGAGGUUCUUGUGUCUGAUGCUGCAUCUCCAUGUUAUUCAGAUUCUUUCACCUUGCAAGAAGGUCAUGACAGGCUUUGCUCGGCAAAGGAGUAAAGAGAGUCUAUUGUCGCAGCAAAGAUGAGGUUCUUAUGACUGACAUUUUGUUGUUAAUGUGUUUAAGAUGCUGCAUCAUCAGGAGUUUGAGAAUCUGGAAAUAUCUUUGUGUUACUGAAGCAGUGCUCAGAGCCCAUCAAAACAGUGCAAUUCUAAGGUUCAUCAUAUUUGCCCAGAGCAAUCUUCAUUGGCCUUAAGAUCAUGGAACCUAUUUCUCUAUAUGGGUUCCGUGCGCCAACAAAAGAGGGCGCAUUUUUACCACAUUUGAAAGCCCCGUGAAAGGGACACACAGCGUGUGCGUACUGUACUGUAGUGGUUCACGCGUGAAAUAGCCUACGUACGCCUUCCUGAAUGUGCCAAAGCUAUUAGCCACAGCGUCUUCACAUGAGCGUCAGGUGUCGUCGGCGUGCGAAUACGGUCAAAUUUAACUUGCGAUAGUCUCCCAGACUUUCCGCGCCCCAUAUGCUACUGAAACCGGAGAUAAACGCUGGCCUGCUGGGCCACAUUAGCUUGUGAUAGAUUUGACUAAUUGUGUGGACGUUUAUAUCCAACUUGUAAAUGCUCUUUUCCAAUUAUAUUGAAUUUGUUUAAAAACACGUUUUGUAGCCCAAUUAGGCGCAUUCCAGGCGGUAAUGUCCAUUUAAUAUUGGGGACUUUUAUACAGGUGUGUACAGUACCGGUACAUCCACAGUUUUUAGUUUCUGUUUUGGUUGAAGAAAUUUUUAUUUGAGGAAAUGGUUCAAAAGUGUUUCAAGUGCUUCCAGCAAUGAAUUACAAAUUGAAUUACU